CCUGAGGAAUGUCAACUAUUCAACAUGGAGACGGCGGUUACUACGCUUGAGACCAUGUUCCAGAAAGCCGAAUCUGAUCUGGAUUAUAUCCAGGCAAUGUUGGAGUUUGAAAUGAUGAAAGGGCUGCCCGACGGACUAUCUCAAGAGGAAAAUCCCCUGGUUCUCGUGCAGCAACUGUCAGUGGUGAAGUCUCGUUACAAAAUGUUGUGUGAGCAGCUAGAAAAGAUUUCCGUCGAGCGGCGAGAAUCCAUGCGCUCCAUCCGUGCUACUCUUGCUAAAACGGUGAAGCUGGUUCAGGAAAUGCAGCAUCAUACUGGUAUGGAGAUCUCACCUUUGUCUGAAGAAGAACAGCUUGCAAUGCAACACUUAAUGCACCAGACUCCUGAAGCAACAGAAGCGCUUGCAAAACAGAAUUGUCCAAAAGAGCAUGAAUCCACUGAUACAAGGUGAAAAAUUCCAUAAAGAGCUCUCCAGUUGAAGUUGACGAAUGAGGCCAUACCUUUAGAUGUAUAAAUGUUUGUGCCUUUCUAACUGUUGGUCGCUGCCCUUGUAUUUUUGUACAUAGCCCCUAAAAUAUUAAAUGAGUAAUGUGUACAGUUGGUGGUGAUCACCAUUAUGUGAUGGUGGUGAUAUUAUGUCUGCAUUAAGAUUUUAGUAGCUGAAGAUGCUUCCAAAAGCUAUACUGUUUAAAGGACAGUAUAUAUUUAUUAUAUUUAUAUCCUGUCCUUUUAGUGCUUAUACACUACUCAGGACAGGUUUCAACAGUUAAAAUCAAAUGUAAAAAACAAUAACACCCUUAAAAAUGAGUGUGAUGAACCAGGGACAUCAAAUUGUAUAGCUGGUUGGAAGCAACAUUAUGCAGUGCAGUAACUUUUGGACAGUGUUUUUUUACAUUGCACCAUGAACUUAUGAACGACAUUGUAGAGAGAUUUCGAAAAACAUACAUUCAAUGCCUUUUUAACUUAUUAGGAAAUUAUGUGAAACUGCUUUGAGGUACUUUUCCCCCCUUGAAAAUGCUAGUUCAGUCAGUGGUCAGAUUUUUUUUUAAGGGGGUAUUCAGGGGCGGUGAUAAUUGAGCUCUGGCUCCCAUUUCUUUGCUGCCCUGUCACAGAGCAAGGUGUCAGUAUAUUUGCAUAAGCCCUACCCACUUUGUGGAAUACAGUAGUAAAAUCCUCCUAUAUGGGUGGAGUUUAACAGAACUGGCCCUGGAAAUCCUCAUGGGCUAACAUGACAACGUCUGGCCCCACUCUGUACUAAUUCUGUCUCCUGCACAAACUACACAAUUAAUGGAAGUUGUGCUUAGUGCAUUGUAUGUUCUUCUUUGACCUUGAUGUAAUGUGAUGUUCAAGCAAACGUACACUUGAUGUGCUUUUUUGCGUACAUUCGAAGCCAUACCUGUGAACUUUGAAACAGAGUAUAAGUUGGGAUGUUUUCCUUCACUUGAAAAAAAAAUGCAAUCAGAAAGAAUAAAGGUAAAUGUGUAACAUCA